AUGGAGGAAAAGAAACCUCCCCUCGUGAACGAGGACGAUGACGUCCAAUUGGCGCAGAUGGGCCAUAAGGCCGAGCUACAUCGGAACUUUUCUACCUUGUCGAUGUUAGGUUUAGCUUUCGCUGUGCUGAAUUCAUGGACGGCUCUUUCGGCGAGUUUAUCGCUCAGUUUACCGUCAGGAGGUAGCGUUAGUGUUGUCUGGGGUCUGGUCACGGCCGGGGCAUGUAACCUGUGCAUUGCCGUGUCGCUGGCGGAAUUCCUGUCGGCGUAUCCCACCGCGGGUGGGCAGUAUCAUUGGGUUGCUGGUAUCUCGUGGCCGAAAUGGGUGCCGAUUCUCUCCUGGGUGACGGGUUGGGUUAACGUGGCUGGAUGGGUUGCGCUUGUGGCGACCAAUGCGCUGCUCUCCUGCCAGCUGAUUGCGGGCAUUGUCUCCUCCGUCUACCCUGACUUCGACUGGCAGCGAUGGCAGUAUUUCCUCAUGUAUAUCGCCUACACGGUUCUUGCGUUCGUCGUCAACGGGUUCAUGAACUCCGUGCUGCCGAUCAUAUAUCGUGGUGCCUUCACCUGGUCGAUCGGUGGAUUUGUGCUGGUGUCGAUCACGGUGUUGGCGUGCGCCUCGCCGGAUUACAACUCUGCCUCGUUUGUGUUUACCAACUUCGUCAACCAGACAGGCUGGCCGGAUGGCGUGGCGUGGCUCCUGGGAUUGCUGCAAGGCGGACUCGGAGUGACGGCCUUCGAUGCCGUCUGCCACAUGAUCGAAGAAAUCCCACAACCAUCGAUUAAAGGCCCGAAAAUCAUGGUCGUCUGCGUCGGCAUCGGCACCUUCACGGGCGCCAUCUUCCUGAUCGUGCUGCUGUUUGUGGCGGGCGACAUGGACGAGGUGGUGAGCUCGAGCGCGGGACCGCUGCUGCAGAUCCUGAUUCACGCGACGAACAACCGCGCCGGCGCCAUCUGCCUCCUGAUGCUCCCGCUGGUCUGCCUGCUGUUCGCGACGUUGAGCGUCAUGACGACCAGCAGCCGCAUGAUCUUUGCGUUCGCACGAGACGGCGGAUUGCCCGCAUCGAAGUUCUUCGCGCGCGUGCAUCCUCGACUGGGCCUGCCACUGAACGCCUUGAUCCUGACCACGGUCGUGGUGAUCAUCUUCGGGUUCAUCUACCUCGGCUCUACCUCGGCGUUUAAUGCCAUUGUAUCCGCGUCCGUGGUGCUGCUGGACCUGUCGUAUGCGAUGCCCAUCGCGGUGAACUGUCUGCGGGGACGCCGGACGCUGCCGGAGCGGAAGUGGCGGGUCCCGAAUAAGAUCGGCUGGGUGAUUGAUAUGAUCUCGCUGUCGUAUAUCGCGCUGACGACUGUGCUGUUUGUGUUUCCUCCUGACCGGCCUGUCACGGGCAGCAAUAUGAAUUACUGCGUUGUCGCGUUCGGGAUUAUUCUGAUUAUCUCGUUGAUACAGUGGGUCGUGGACGGACGCAAGAACUUCACGGGGCCUCGCGUGGAGUUGUAA